AUGGCCAAAUGGAAGGGCCAAGUUCACGGCUACGGCGGAGGGAGAGACCAGCUGAGUGACGAUUCUGCAACGAUGCAACUCUCCCUCGUGGAUUCCAAGUCGAUGCCCAUCCCGGUCAACGACUCCUUGCAAGAUUUCAUCAUGUACAUCCCCAGGGCGAAGGACACCGUGCAGGAACCCGAGCUUGUUGACCCGCAGAUUUCCCCCAAACUCGGGCUGAGCGUCCACACCAUCGACGUCCCUGCGCCGCGAGUGGGCGUGACGAUCUUAGUCCGCCCAGAGAACGACACGGGCGUGGAGGACUGGGUGCUGGUCUGGUCUGCUUCGAGGCUCAAUAACACGCCCGAGUUCAUGGACAAUAUCGUUAGCCUCAACAGUCUAACUUAUCAUGAAGACACCGGGUUUUUCGAGCUUUUCCUGGAUUCCGAUGCCGUUGGUGACGUCAUAGGCACGUAUUCUGUGGGACUCGGAAAGCUCAAUUACACCAUACCUGAGCCCGAGGAGCACCCCUGUUUCGAGGACCCCCCCAACAACACUGUCCUCGAGAGCUUCGCCGUUGACUUCGAUACCAACUAUUACUUCAGCGCCUUCACCUCGUCCUGCCUCUUUUUCAACAAGGAUCUCCUCACCUGGAGCAGCGACGGGUGCAAGGUGAUCGGCGCCAACGUGUCCGUAACCGUGUGUUCGUGCAACCACCUGACUUCGUUCGCAUCCGGGUUCUUCGUCGCUCCGAACGCCAUUGACUUCGCCUACGUCUUCGCGAACGCAGGUUUUGCGGACAACCUGACCAUUUACCUCACGCUUAUUAUUUCGCUGUCGCUCUACCUCAUCGGGCUGGUGUAUGCGCGCGUUAUGGACAAGAAGGACGUAGAGAAAGUGGGCGCAACCCCCCUGGCCGACAACUCGCCGACGGAUCGCUAUUUGUACAACAUCAUGAUCCACACCGGCGCCUUCCCGAGUUCCGGCACGGAGUCCAAGGUUCAGUUCCUGCUGGUGGGCGACUGGAACGAGACUGAGGUCCGGACCCUGAACGAGGGUACCGAAAGACCUCUGCUCACCAGGGGCGCCUCGGACCACUUCGUUAUGGCCACCGACAGGCCGCUGGGUCCCUUACAGUACCUGCGAAUCUGGCACGACAACUCGGGCAAGGGCAAGAAAGCCUCUUGGUAUUUCGCGUACAUGGUGGUCAAGGACAUACAGACCGGAGAGGAAUUCCAGUUCAUUAACAAUCAGUGGCUGGCGGUGGAGGAGGGGGACGGACAGAUCGACCGCCUGAUCCCCGUGGCGGGCGAACAGCAACUGCGGGACUACACCCACGUCUUCAGCAAGACGGUCGAGAAGAACAUGUCAGACGAUCACCUGUGGUUCAGCGUGUUCCUCAAGCCGGCCAGGUCGAGGUUCACGCGCGUGCAGCGGCUGUCGGCGUGCAUGGCGCUGCUGUACCUGGCCAUGCUGGCCAAUGCGAUGUUUUAUCAGCAGGUCCCCGACUCCCCAGGCUCGGGCGGCCUUAACCUCGGCCCCUUCAGCGUGUCUCCCGAGGCCAUGGGCGUGGGUUUCAUGAGCAACCUGGUGGUGUUUCCGCCCUCGUUCCUCAUCGUCUUCUUCUUCCGCAAGUCACGCCCUCGGAAGGCCAAGCGGUCGAGGCUGAAGGAGGCGCUGGCGAGGCAGAACCCGGGUGUCUACGGCGCGACGCUGGAGGCCGGAGAGGGCCCAAGGAGAAGCAGAUUCACGUCCCUGUCGGUGUCUCGCCCCGCAUCGCCCGCGGCUCUCACCCAGCCAUCGUAUGGGUUUCCGGCGGCGCCUGACGAGACUCGUCCGGAGGAGGAGGAGAAGGACUGGCGGCGGGGCAAGAAACUCACCCUGCCGUGGUGGUGCGUGAUCAUCGCGUGGGUGCUCUGCGUGAUCAGCAUCGCGACGGCCGUGUUCUUCCUGUGGGCGUACGGCAUCCAGUUCGGGAACGAGAAGGCGACGAAGUGGCUGACGGCGCUCAUCACCUCCAUCUUCUCGUCGGCUCUCUUCACGCAGCCCAUCAAGAUCUACCUGAUGGCGAUGCUUCUCUCGUGGAUCCUGAAGCGGCCGAUCGACGAGCACGAGGACUAUGACGACGACGAGGAGGAGGUCGACCUCGGGAGCGACGAGAAGUACCUCCACCGCCCGCCCUCCGCUGGGAGACCCCGCAACCGCUCGCAGAUCCAAGUGGGGCCAGGGCUGAGUUCCGAGGAGCUGGCGGCGGCGAGGGAACGGCGAGAGAAGGAGCUAGCCAUGCAGGACCUUCUGCUCGAGAUCCUCGUGUACUUAAUCUUCCUGUACCUGAUCCUGUCCGUGAGCUACGGCGCCAGGGACCCCCACGUCUACUACAUGAGGACCAAUGUGGAGAAUAUCUUCGUGAAGACAGCGUCGACGACGUGUCCGGCUUUCGAGAAGGCCGUCCUCGAGAGCCACCUGUGGUGCUGGACGCGUGAGGUGUUGGUCCCCAGUCUGCUCGACACGCGGCUGUACACGGGGGAGCGCCGACCCCAGGACAUGUGCGGGACGAUAGCCGAUCACGUGACCUUCCUCCUGGGUCAUGCGAUCUUCCGGCAGAUUCGUAUCCGGCCAGGUUCUCCGAAUCGUCACCCGGCCACGCACGAGAACAAAGAAGACGACCGUGACUUUGGCUUCGGCUGGAACGAGACUGCGCCCACGGAAUCGCACUUCGAUUACAAGUCCGCCUUCAAGAUCCACGGGUUUCCUUAUGAAGGAACGAUCGAUACGUAUGGCGGCGGGGGUUACUUGGUCGAGCUAAAAGGGCCUAUGCGCCAAGCGGAGAGGACCAUAGACGAGAUGGAGGCUGAGGGCUGGAUAGAUAAAUACACAAAGGCGGUUUUUACGGAAUUUGCUGUGUACAAUCCCCAGGUGAACCUCUUCGCCGCUGUCAUGUUCAUCUUCGAGUUCCUCCCCAGCGGCGGUCUGGUCACCAAGUUCGAGUUCCAGGGCUUGACGCUCCUGCGCUACCACAGUCCCGGCGGCUUCUACGUGCUGGUGUCCGAGAUCGGCUACAUCCUCUUCACGAUCUUCUACACCAGGAGGGAGUUCAAGGCCUACAAGAAGGCGGGGAGGGAGUACUUCAAGUCGGUGUGGACCUUCAUGGAGAUCUGCGUCCUCCUGCUGUCCUACGCCGCCAUCGUCCUGUACCUCUUGAAGACGUCCCUCACCUACUACACGCUGGACAGGUUUAUCGCGACGAAGGGCAAGAAGUACGUGCGCAUCCAGCCCCUCGCCUUUCUGGACUCGACGCUCGUCUACGUCCUCUCCUUCCAGGUGUUUAUAGGUAAUAUAAAGCUUCUGAAACUCCUGAGGUUCAACAAGAGGAUCGGAAUGCUCUCGUCGACGCUCAGGUACGCCGCGCCGGACGUCCUCGGCUUCGGCCUGCUGUUCAUCAUCACCCUCGCGGGCUUCGUGUCCGUGUUCUUCCUCAACGCCCACACUAUGGUCCUGGAGUUCUCGACGUUCGUGAAGGCGGCCGAGUCCAGCUUCUUCCUCAUCAACAAGAAGUUCGACGACAUCGCCAACGCGGCGCCCAUCCUCGGCCCCCUCUUCUACUUCGUGUUCGCCUUCAUCAUGUACUGGGUGGUGUUCCAGCUGCUGAUCGCCAUCAUCUGCGAGGCCUUCGCGCAGGUCAGCAAGGACCUCAACCUGCAGCCCAACGACUACGAGGUCAUCGAGUACCUGACGACCCGCCUGGCCGCCUACCUCUCGGCGCUGCGGCCCAACGCCGUCCGCGCCGCCAACAUCCCGCCGCCCAAGCCCCCCGACGUGGACUCCCUCCUCAGGCACCUCGACCACUCCCUCGACCGCGCGCUCGAGGCCCUGGACCAAGCCACGCCGAGGGCCCUGCCGGAGGAGGCGGAGGGGCAGGGGGGAGAGAAGAGGGUACCGGCCGGUAACAGUAAACGAGGGAGGAGGAAGAAACAACGAUGAAGGAGGAUUAGAAACAAUUAAUGAAGAGAAAUUUUGAUUCGUUUUUUUUCCCAUAAGUAGUUAGAUAGUUAGAGAGAAUUAUAUAUGUAGAUUUCUCCCC